AUGCCGGCUGUCAAUGACGCGGAAACCAUCCGCGUACUCAUAUCCACCGACAAUCAUGUCGGGUAUAAUGAACGGGACCCCAUUCGCGGAGAUGACAGCUGGAAAACUUUCCAUGAAAUCAUGUGUCUUGCCAAAGACCAGGAUGUCGACAUGGUGCUGCUGGCAGGAGACUUGUUCCAUGAGAACAAACCAUCGCGCAAAUCCAUGUAUCAGGUGAUGCGGUCUAUCCGGAUGAACUGCUUCGGUGAUAAACCCUGUGAGCUGGAGAUGCUCAGCGAUGCCAGCGAGAACUUCCAGGGUGCCUUCAACCAUGUUAACUACGAGGACUUGGACAUGAACGUUGCCAUUCCGAUCUUCUCUAUUCAUGGCAAUCACGACGAUCCAUCGGGCGAGGGCCACCUUGCCGCGCUGGAUCUGCUUCAGGUUUCCGGCCUUCUGAAUUACUACGGCCGGACGCCAGAGUCAGACAAUAUCGAAAUCAAACCUGUUCUUCUCCAGAAGGGAAGAACCAAACUCGCACUCUACGGGAUGAGCAAUGUGCGAGAUGAACGCCUGUUUCGCACAUUCCGGGAUGGCAAAGUCAAGUUCUUCCAGCCAUCCAUUCAGAAGGAUGAUUGGUUCAAUCUGAUGUCGGUUCAUCAAAAUCACCACGCUUAUACUGAAACUGGGUAUCUUCCUGAGAACUUCCUCCCAGAGUUCAUGGACAUGGUCAUUUGGGGCCACGAGCACGAAUGCUUGAUCAACCCCAAGCUUAAUCCAGAAACCAAGUUCCACGUCAUUCAGCCAGGUUCUUCGGUCGCGACAUCCCUAGUUCCCGGAGAAGCAGUCACCAAGCAAGUUACCAUUAUGAGCAUCACUGGCCGGGAUUUCAAAUGCGAGCCCAUUCGCCUCAGAUCAGUGCGGCCAUUUGUUAUGCGAGAGAUUGUACUCUCUGAAGAAAAGGGGGCACAGAAGCUCUCUCGGAAAGACAACAACCGCACUGAAGUAACCCGUUUCCUCAUGUCAAUUGUGGAGGAGUUGAUAGAAGAGGCAAACGCCGAAUGGCUAGAAAACCAUCCUCAAAACGAUGAUGACUACGACGAGCUAGAGAUUCCUCUUCCUCUCAUACGCUUGCGAGUUGAAAUAUCAACUCCAGAGGGGGGAAGUUAUGAGUGCGAAAAUCCGCAGCGAUUCUCAAAUCGAUUUGUCGGGAAGGUCGCUAAUGUGAACGACGUUGUUCAGUUCCACCGGAAGAAGAAGGCGACAACCUCCUCUCGCAAAGGUGAUAGCGGCAUCGAUGAAGCGACCUCCUCGCAUCUGGCAGCGUUGGACACGGUGAAAGUCGAGCAGCUGGUGAAAGAGUUCCUCGCAUCCCAAUCUCUCAGUAUUCUCCCGCAAAAUACUUUUGGAGAUGCAGUUGCUCAGUUCAUCGACAAAGAUGACAAACAUGCUAUGGAGAUGUUCGUGAAUGAAUCCCUGGAAAGCCAGGUAAAGCACCUGAUGAAUCUGGAUCGUGAUGAGGAUGAUGAGGACGACGAGGAAGGAGCGCAGAGCUCUCUCGUCACAGCCAUGGAGAAGUACCGCACCCAGAUGGAGGAAUUGUUCUCGAAGGGGGUCAAAAAACGUACUCGUGGGAAGAAGCGUUUUAAGCCCAAACCAGACGGCUGGGAUACUGAAUUUGAUGGCGUUUGGGAGGAUCAACCGGGUGCUCUCAUUCAUUCGGACAAUGAAGGCGGGGACCCUGCAGAAGAAGAGGCCGGAGAAGAUGGCGCGACACCCGCUCGCAGUCGCGCCUCGGCUAUGACCUCCACUCGCGGUCGUGGUCGAGGUCGAGGUCGAGGAGCUCGCGGGGCGGCUGCCGGCUCUCGAGGUGCGGCUAAAGCAGCCACCUCGGCAAAAGGACGCAAGAAGCAAGCCGCGUCAGACGAGGAGUCGGAAGCCGAUGAUGAUGUGGCCAUGCUAGACGAUGACGAUGACGAUGCGGCCGAUAUGGUCUCCGACGACGACGAUUCUCAAGCUUUGUUCGUCAAGCAACCGCGGGCCAGCACCAGCUCGAAGGGACGCAAGGCCGCCUCCACCGCAAAAGCCUCCACAACUCGUACUCGUGGAGCACGCACGGCAGCUUCGCCCGCCCCCUCCUCAACCACUGCUGGCGCUACGUCCACUCGCCGAACUGCUGCAGGAUCUGCUGGACCGACCCAGACAAAACUCGAUUUUGGCUCGCAGGCCAGCGCACCGCAGUCGUCAAGGCCCAAGCGCACGACUCGUAACAUCAGUGUGAUUAGCGAUGACGAUGAUGACGAUGAUGACGAUGAUGCUUUUGAGCCCGUGGAGACUGCCAGCUCAAGACGACGACGGUAA